UGAUCGCAAUGAACCUGAUGUGGCUUGGGCUGGAUAAAAUUUGACAUUACAUUUGACACUCUCGGUGCGCAAAUCAGACGUAAGACGGUUGUCAAAAAUUUAUACGUCUUCUGCUUCGUCUCGUGAAAAUAAUAAACACGAAAACAAUCAAUUUGCUACAGCUCAGAAGGGAAUUGGAAUUGGAUUCGUGUACGAAAGGAUAUCGUGAAAAGCAUCUCGUUCGUUCGUGAGCUGCUGGUGAAAACGUUUUAAAGGAGAACGGAAAUCACUACAAAUCGGUGAAGCGGCAAUACGAAGAGGUUUGCUACUUUCUGUUAUCUGGUGUGUGGUGCAAGCACCCGAAACAUAACUGAACAGCAGCAGCAGCAAUGGAAGAAAGACGGGUGGCCGAUUAUUUCGUGGUCGCUGGAAUGCCCGAGCAACCGAAGCUGCUGAAAGAGAACAUAUUCAACGACUCGUCGCACCUACGAUCGACCAACAGUAUAGAUCCGAUUACAGACAUCGGUGUAUAUUUUCCUUCUUUGGGUGAAAAAAUUCCUGCCGAUUACGAAAUUCUCGAAAACACACCGUCAGGGCUGCUAGCCGAUUUAAACUAUGGUUCCGUACGGACCACGGGCUGCUUCAUUUACUACCGACGAGGCAAGGACAAACCGCCCCUGGUCGAUAUCGGGGUAAUGUACGAAGGCGCUGAACGGAUCAUGUCCGAUGCAGAGAUCGUCCUUAGCACGCCCGGUGAUCGUUUGGCGAAUGUGAACAAUUCUUCCGCCAAAACGUUUCUAACGUUUCGACGGGCGACUACUGAUAUGCCUUGCAAUGAGCUGGUGGUAACGGAUCUGUGCGUCGUAAUACCUUCGAAGGGUGAGAAGCCACCGCACGCGUUCUGUAUGAUCCAUAAAACGCUGAACAAGGGUCUCAUGGGAAGCGAUGUAUACUUAUGCUACAAAAAAUCAAUGAACCGUCCGAUAUUGAUCAGUUACGAGCCGGAAAUUUUACAUCGGUAUCCGACGCAUGAUCAUAACGAUUUUCCGCUAACGCUAUGCCCAAGUGUUCCGCUGUUUUGCCUCCCAAUGGGCACAACGCUCGAAGCUUGGCAGCAUGUACCGGGUGGAGAUGGAAAGAUAAAAAGAAAACCAAUACAGCCAAUCUUUAGUACGUUCGUGCUGACCGUUAACGAUGGUACGUACAAAGUGUAUGGAUCAGCUUUAACAUUCUACGAAGAUUUUUGUGAAAAUAAUUUGAACGAGCAGCAGCGUGCACUGCUGGAUUGGACCGGAGAUUCGCAUAAAACGCAUUCCCUGCACGUGAACAAAUCGAUAUGUAUUUUGUCCAGAUGGCCUUUCGGUGAUACCUUUGAGAAAUGGCUACAGUUCUUGCAUAAACUGUCCACACUCAACGAAAAGCUUCCCGUACCUAUCGAACGGUACAUAACACAUCUGCUCGAUGAGGUACCGUUUCCAUCGCCAAGCAUUUUGUUACAACUUUCCACGCUCAGCAAUACCCGCAUUCUGCUAACACUACCAGAAGAUUCACCGCUGCCACGCAGUGGUGCCGGAUUUCGUCAGCUGCUGUCCAAUCUGGGCCCUGAAAACUGCCUCCAUGUACUGCUGCUGGUGUUAACCGAACAGAAGCUGCUGAUACAUUCGUUACGACCGGCGACACUGACGGCCGUAGCGGAAGCUGUCUCUUCGUUCCUGUUCCCCUUCAAGUGGCAAUGCCCGUAUAUACCGCUCUGUCCGCUCGGUUUGGCCGAGGUACUGCAUGCACCAUUACCGUACCUGAUAGGAGUGGAUUCACGGUUUUUCGAUUUGUACGAACCGCCCAGCGAUGUAACGUGUGUUGAUCUCGACACGAACAAUAUUAGUUUGUGCGAGUCGCAGAAGCAUCUCACGACGAAGCUGCUACCGAAACGGGCGGCCCGUGUUUUGCGCCAAACUUUACGCAAUUUGGAGGAGCUUAGCCUGAACCAGGGAUACGAUUCGAACAACAGCUUGGAUCGGGAUUUAAAGAAGCGAAAGCGCGAACAAAACCUAGAGCAACGCAUACAGGAAGCGUUCCUACAGUUUAUGGCCUGCAUUUUGAAAGGGUACCGGGAUUAUUUGGUACCGAUUUCCAAGGCACCGACGAUCGGUGCGACCGAUCCGAGCGCACUGUUUCGCAUGGACGCUUUUCUACGAUCGCGCGACAAAGCGCAUCACAAAUUUUUCCAGCUGCUAAUGAAAACGCAAAUGUUUAUCCGCUUCAUCGAGGAACGUUCGUUCGUAUCGGACAGCGAUCAUAAUUUAGCAUUUUUCGACGAAUGUGCGGAAAAGGUGAGCGCGUACGAGGACACACCGACCGAGAUAAAGCUGAUCGAGUGGGACUCGGGACAGAGCAGCGAGCGUACGAAAUUUAUUCUUCCGCCCGAGUGUCAACCGGGCUUGCCGGAUCAAAUGUAUGCGUACGAUUCCUUUUCGCUCGAUGCAAUGCUGCUGAAGGAAACACGCCGCAGCGUGCUCGAUAAUGUGCUGCAGCAGCACAACAGUUUGGCGCCCGGUUCGCCCAUGGCCCGCCGUACAAAGCAUGAGAUAAAAACGGCACAAAAGCUAGCCCGCAAACAUCAGGGCAAUCCGGAGCUGUGGGCAAAACAUUUGCUUGCGACCUGCUACUCCAUCUACUUCAUCGUUUUGCCAAGCUUGAUAUCGGAAAACACCGGUCGGGAACAUGCCGUGCUGAAGGCAGCGUACGAUCUGCUUAGCAAGGCGUGCAAGCUGAAGGUACCGUGCGAUGAGGUUUGCUACCGCAUCAUGAUGCAGCUGUGCGGUUUGCACAAUCUACCCGUGUUGGCCGUCCGGUUGCACUAUCUGAUGAAGCGUUCCGGCAUUCAACCGAACGCACUUACGUACGGCGUUUAUAACCGAUGCGUACUGGAGGCACAGUGGCCAUCGGAUUCGAUCCUUUCGUCGCAAAUGCGUUGGCACCGGUUGCGGAACAUUGUGAUCGGUGCGGCACAUUUUAAGCGUGCUGGCAAAAAGUUUGCCGAUCGACGUCGCCGGUCACUGUCGCACGAGAGCAAUUUGGUGGGCGGUGCAUUGGAGCUGGUCGAUGGUACAUCACGCACGAGCCUAGACUCGGGAUAUUCGCAAGCGGAACAACCGAACAACACCAGCGUUACGAUGGACUUCAGUGCCUUCGACAAACUCCGGGGCAGGGUUGGUGCAAUUGUACGCCAAACAACAACCACCGGCCAUCAAGAAUCUGCGGACGUACUGUCGAGCGCCGGUUUGUUAAUAAGCGGUGAGGGGAGUCACCAUUUAAAGCUACAAUCGAAUGCCGGCACUUCUGGUAGUGUUGGCGGGAAGGAAGCAGGAAAAACUGGCUACAAAAAAUCACCACCCACCAACAGCUGCGAUAUAAGUCCGCGGAUGCUGGCAAGGGCGGAUAGCUUUGCAGGGGAUACGAAAUUUAUUGACAAACUUCAGCGCCAAAAUAAGGGUGAAGCGAUGAAAGCGAAACGUGCGCUAGAUUUUCACAACCGAAGGGAGGCGAGCGUACAUUCGGAGUCAGAAGAUACGAAGGAACCGACGGCAAAGGGCAGUCCCACAAAAAUAUCACCUCGCACACUGGUAACGCAGGACGAUCCGUUGGGAGCGCUUAACGAUAUGACGGAAGAGCUGGCAAUACAGCAGCGCGAAUCGGUCGACAAAACAUCCGAACCGAACGAAAUGAGCAACAAUAAUACCAUCUACACCGACCAACCGAUACUGUUCAAAGGCCAACGUUCAGCUACGUUCGAUGAUUCGACACAGCUCAGCAAAAGUAUGCAGCGGUCGGAAACGAUGCCCAUGACAAGCACCGUUACGUCGGGCUUUGGAAGUUUGGGUUCAACGUUAAAGUUUAACUUUGGCCGUUAUUCACCUGCACGCAUGUCAAUGAAAAAAGACUUGAAAUCACUGUCCACGAACAUGAUAGAGAACAUUUCUAACAUAAGCCCGAGUCUUACUGGGAAAAAAUCGAACGAAAUUCUACAGAGUGGAUUAAGCAGUAUUAAAAAUGCUGCCAAUUCCGUAGCAAAAAAGCUGGACGAUAUUAAGGAAGCGAUAUCGGCAAAUUCAACACCGGUAAAAACGGGCAGCGGUUUGAAUGGUAGUUUGGAACGUGACGGUCAUGGUUCGGAAAAUGAUCUACUGCAUCAUGAUGAUCCGGCGGGCGCAAUAAAUGGCAACCGUUCGCGUCGCGUAUCGAGCGAAUUUGACCUUUGGGGUCGUUUUAGCGAAUCGCGCAAAUCUAGCUACAACAAUUUGGUUCCUUUGGGUGAAAAUGCUACAUCGACAAGCAGCUUGAAUGCAUAUCCAACGUUGCCAGACAACAUUUAUGCCACUGUUGCGGAGAUAUCGGAAGCUAGUGUGACGGAUUUUGUUAUAGAGAUAACUUCUUGCUCGCAAUGCCAUAACUGUUCGGUACUGCUUUACGACGAGGACGUUAUGGCUGGUUGGUCGGCGGAAGAUUCCAAUCUAAAUACCACCUGCAAUGCAUGUGGUAAAGUGACAGUGCCAUUUCUGAAUGUGCAAAUCAUAGCCGAAGGGGAAAAUCUUCAGCGCGAUGCACAGCGCAGAUCUUCAAAGCAUCAACAUGACAUGAUCAGUGUGCCAUACUUAAAUCCGCUCGUGCUACGCAAAGAGUUGGAAAACAUUCUCGGCGAGGAGGGCGAUCUGGCCCUUACCAAGGCAAAGUUUGUCGAGGAACAUCCGAUCAUCUACUGGAAUUUGGUGUGGUUCAUGGAGCGGAUAGAUGUAAACACGCAUCUUUCGAACCUUGCGCUACCGAAGCAGGAGGAUGAUAAUCCGGAUCCGUUGAGCAAUGUGAAAACAAUUAAUGUGCAUUGCUUGUGGGACAAUCCACGGCUUCAUUCCGAAGCGGGACCAGCGAUGUAUAUGCUCUGGCGUCAGAAUCAACCAGAUAGUACAUUAUUAAAAGCUCUGCUUACUGAUCAAACAUCGAUCAAUCGAACUGUGAUGCAACAAAUAAUUGCUUCGAUACGAUGCAACGAUUUACUAACACCCGUCAAACGGUUAGCAAAUGAAAGACAGAAGCUGAAGCACCGUGGCGUCGAUCGGACGCACUCGAUCUAUCGCGACAUGCUGUUCCUAGCGUUCAUCGAGAUUGGUCGUGCCGAUAUCGAUCUGAUUUCGUUCCAUCGUGAGUAUGCGGCCGUUUUCGAGAAGUUAACGGAGAAGGAAUGUAACACAUUUUACCGCAGUCAAGACCUGCCGCCAUCGCCUACGGCCAUAUUUUGUCGGGCUUACUUUAAACCCCUACUUCUACCUUGACCUUCAACGUUAGCAACCCAAUAUUGGUUGAUAUCGCAGCAUUGGUUACACUAGCAAGGGUUGGCACGAAACCACCCCCCCGCGGCGCAAAUGGUUGAGCAAACUAAAUGCUAAAGCUUUUUGGGUUGGCAAUACAACUCGUAUCCUUAAAUGCUUGGCUACUUACUUGAACAUAGAGAAUAGGAGAAGGGAAGGAUUAUGGUUUAUCUUUUCCUUUCGAAGAAGCAUACACAAAACUAUACUUUAUAUAAAUAAUGUUUACGUUGAGCGCUGGAUUUGUAGCAUCAAUGGUUUUGUUGUGACGAUUUUUAUUUGCAUCCAAUUUUUGAGGGUAGAAUCAGGUAGCGUAGAAAACUCUACGUACCAUAGAUUAGCCGCUAGUAUCUAUUCAUGUUGUUUUGAUGAGUUGAUACCGUACGUGGGAGUA